GCUGCAAGAAAGUUCAUUUUUGUUUUUGGCGUCUCUUCUGCGCCGAGCAAGAUUGCGCAUAAAUCGCAGCGCGAGGUGCGCCCGGUGCUGUCGAGACUGGGCGUCAGAGCGCGGGUGAUCGCCACGGGCGUGCUGGGUGUUGUCAUGGUGCUGGUGCUGGUCAUUCUCAUCCCGGUGCUGGUCAGCGCGGCGGGAUCCGACCCGCGCUACGAGAUGCUCGGCGCGUGCCGCAUGGUGUGCGAUCCCUACGGAACGAAGUCUCCAUCAUCAGCACCGACAGAUAACCACUUGGUUCAGUCCCCACCAACUUUCAUUCGCGGUCCGAAAGGAGAGGCAGGGCGCUCGGGACGGAUCGGUCAGAGGGGUCAGCCUGGUCCACCCGGACCUCCGGGUCCCCCCGGGGUCAUAGGAGAACCGGGGCCACCAGGAUUACCCGGUCCGCCCGGGGUCACCGGUGUCAUAAGCGCCGCGACGUACAGCACCGUGCCCAAAAUCGCCUUCUACGCGGGACUCAAGAAGCAACACGAGGGUUACGAGGUGCUGAAGUUUGACGAUGUGGUCACUAACUUGGGCAAUCACUAUGACCCAUCGAGCGGUAAAUUCACCUGCUCCAUCCCGGGGAUCUACUUUUUCGUGUAUCACGUAUUAAUGAGAGGUGGUGACGGAACCAGCAUGUGGGCUGAUCUGUGCAAGAAUAACCAGGUGCGUGCAAGUGCAAUAGCGCAGGAUGCAGAUCAGAACUAUGACUACGCCAGCAACAGUGUGAUUUUACACCUGGAGCCUGGAGAUGAGAUCUACAUUAAACUAGAUGGAGGCAAAGCGCACGGGGGAAACAACAACAAAUACAGCACAUUUUCAGGCUUCAUGGUCUACGCCGAUUAACAGCCGUGGCAUGGACUGCACUUUCAGAUGUACCUCAUUUUGACAUCACGUCAUCAGAGUGAGGUCACAAAAAAGUUUAACCCUCAAGCUUGUGACAACUCAUCCAUGUCAGCGCGAAGGACGAAACAACUGAACGUCCAGAGGAAUUACUGAAUGAUCAUCGAACAUAUCGAAGCAUGAGAACACAUCCUCUACACACAAAUUAGUUUUUAGAAAAAUCACUGUGAUUUCAGAAAAAAAUAAAUCUUACAGCGUAACACUGAUGAUUGCAGUAUAUUUAUUGAGAGAUUAACUGGCCGUGAAAGCAGAAAAUCAUUUGACAUAAUUCCAUUCCAUAUGUGCCUACCUUUGAUCAGAAGAGGCUGUUACAGAGCACAUGCCAUUAGCCCGGAAAUAUAGUUCAGAUCACAUUUCUUCAAUUAUUUCUCAUUCUUCAUACACAAAUUGUCAC